GCAAAAAAAGAAUAAUCAGUUUUUUUUGGAAGGAGUACCUCUGUGAGUCAGGUCAUUUGCUAGCCAAGUGUGCACUGAGGUGCCUUGUGCAGGACCGCAUGCAAAGCCAGGGCUUAAAGGCAGGCAAGAUUGUACCCUGCAUGCUUACAGCGUGAAGGAAUAGCUGAAGCUGGAUUUGCCAUAGAGAAAACUGUUAAUAAAACUGUUAAUAAAACUGUACCAUCAAGCUUUAUAUGUCUAAGCCUUCAUCCACCCCCCCAGAUACAGAUGUAUCUGAAUGUGGAAAGUGAACUAAAACUGAAGGACUAGUAGCAUGCCUUGACUGUAUCUACAAUUGCUGAACCACUUGCCAGCUGGCUGCUUUUUUCUAUUCUCCACAUGACAGUUCUUGCUUAAACACAUAUUUUAUUUUUUUGCAUGAACAGGAAAAAACCUCCAAACUAUCCUGAAGCUCUGGGGGAGAAAAGAAAUCUUGUGGGAUGUCUGUGCUAUGGCAGCUCAAGCUUAUGGGAAUGCUGAGGUAGAAUAAAAGGGAGGAGUACUGAGAAAUUGGUUUGAGCUGUUGCAUCCAGAUGUUCUGGACUAUGUGCUGCUGUCAUCCCUCCAACAUUCUGCCUUCAUAUGAACUUCUGCUUGAAAGCAGUAUCUAGGUAAAGUGGUUUCUAAAGGCGUUUAUCUUGCUGUAUGGGCAGAACUGCUAAAGAAUCCAGCCUGUGGAGUACUAGAUUCACAGGGGCUGACUGUUGCCCUUGUCUGGAAGGACAUUUGUUUUUGUUGUGAGCCACUGCAGUGGUGUGUGCAAUAUUAAAACCCUUGCCCAGCUCAACUCAAAACUGUCUGCAUGGAUGUUGGAUGUACUGGUCCCUGCAAAAUGCAAAUGGUAUGUGACAGCUUUCAGACUUUGUCCCCGUACCCUUUAGUUUCAGAGCAAGCUGGAGCAGGUCCCAGACCUGAAAAAUUAAUGGGGACACAUUGUGAUGAAAAACACAUGAAGUAAUGAUGCUGCUGUUCUUGAACACCUUCAGUGAUAGCUAUUAAUGGUCUCAUUUGACAAAUUAUUACAUUGACUAAUUGAUUUGCUUCUGUUCUAAUCCUGUUCUAACAUCUAAUCCUUUCCCACAUCGCAACUGUCGCUCCCUGUAAGUACUUAUGUCACUCUUGGCCCUUAAAUAAUAUUUGUGGUCUCUCUUUUGGUCAUGAUUUCACCUUGGACUGAAAGUAUAGACCUUGCUUGUUCUGUACAUGUCUUGAAUGAAUAGAGCUGUCUGGAGGGAAGAAGAAGCAGCAGCAGGAAAAGCUUGUGGUGAACUCUUCAGCACUGCUCAGGCAGGAGGCUGCAGAUGCCUGAAGAUUGUACUGGGGGAAGCUUUGUCCUUUACUGUGAAUUGUGGGCUUUGAUGCAACGUCUAGUGGAGCCACCCGCGUUUUCAUUACUGCAGUGAAGAUGAUUCAAUUUAAGAGAAUUUGCCGUGGAUAGAAACACAGUGGGGUAGACAAUGGCUUGUAACCGAGUGCUGAGAUGGUUUCCAUUCAGAAGGUUGGUGUGGAGGCCUCCCCGCAGCUGGAGGAGCCCCACGUUUCCAGCAGAGCCCCGGGCCUGUGGUGCACAGAGAAGGGGAGACUUCUCUGAGGGCUCCAGCAGAGGUGAAAGAUAAUUUCAUUAAAUUAUCCACUCUCCAUGUGAAUUAAAGAAAGGUGGAUGGGUUUGUGGCGGCAGUGGGGGCUUCACUGGGAGACGCUUUGGCUCCUUCGAUGGGCCGAGCCCUCAUUAUGUGUAUUUUGGUGAUGGGAUGACAAUGGAGGUGUGGGAGACGGCUGUGAGUCACCCUCGCAGGCCCGGCGGCUCCGGCCCCCUUGGCGGGGGGGUCGCUCACGGCCAGGGCGGAGGGCUCAUAAGGCACGGAGCAGCCUAUGACACCCCACAGCCCGCAGACCUCAGCCCACAUGGAGCUCGCCAGCCUGCCCCGAAGCCCCGAACCCACCGGCGAGGCCCGGGCGCGUCCCGCCGCCCCCAGCGCGGGGCGGGAGGGUGGCCGGCGGAAGCGGACCACCUUCAGCAAGGCCCAGCUGGAGCUGCUGGUUCGCGCCUUCGAGAAGGAGCCCUACCCUGGCAUCGCGCUGCGGGAGCAGCUCUCGGACCUCACCGACAUCCCCGAGUCCAGGAUCCAGGUGUGGUUCCAGAACAGGAGAGCCCGGCAGCUGAACCACAAGAAGAGCGAAGCCGCUGCCUACCCUAAGCCGGCCAGUGGCAAGCAAAAACCGACCCGCUGCGGUGGCGGCUGCCAGGAGAGGAGCCGGACGACGGAGGGGUUUGGGCCAAAUGGGAGCCUCCUCCAUCCACAGCCAGGCCUACCAGGAGGAAGCCAGAGUUUCGCUGGUCAGCCUCUCCCUUACUCGGGGCAGCUUUACUCAAGGCUCGAUACUCAUUUCAGGAGCUUGGAUAACACUUUUGGAGCGCCGGAUCAGACCCCAGCUCACUGCGGUUUGGACUGCAUGGGGAAAGGGGUCCCACUCGGUGCAGGAAGUGUGGGGAGUACCCCCCAGGUCUCGUUUCCUGUGCAGCAGGCACAGGAAUAUCCAUACCUGAAGAAGUCUUUCCCUGAAACCUACUACUCAGAUGCAGAUGUUUUCCAGUAUCGUAUAGAAGAUCAUCAGUACCUGGCAGCUAAAGAGAAUGUGUGUAGGAGGCCUGUCUUAAACUACUUAAAUGCUAACCAUGGCCUGGGCGAUGAGAACUAUUUGUAUAUAAAGUCAAACAUUUCUCCUUUUGGGAAGGGCUCCACUUUCAAUUAUGUUGAAGGGGAAUCUAAGCUUGAGGUCGAGCAGGUGGGGCACAGUCCCCCUCUGGUUCUAGCUGAAGAGGGGUGUCAAGGAACACUUUCUGCUCCAGCCCCAUUGUAUGGGCAGCAGCUGCUGGAGACAGUAAGUGACUAUGACCCUCACUGGCUGGGCAUGAGAAAUGAAAUUUUGGGAACUGGGUUAGACUCGCUGUUUGAGAAUGAGCAAAACUGGGGGCAAGGUGGGCCAAAAAGUUACAUUUUUGCUUUUGGUGGCCAGAACGCAACCUGUCAUCUGGGUCACACAUGA